UCUCCGGGGUAACACAUGUGGUGUAGCAGGGGCUGAGGGUGUCGCUUAGACAGAUCUGUGCCCUGGAAUACAACGCCAGCAAACGAGAGGAGGAGAGGCCAGCGUGAGGAACCCGGGAGCCCAGAGGCAUGGAUCUCCGCUCAGAGCUUCUCAAGUCCAUCUGGUAUGCUUUCACUGCGCUGGAUGUGGAGGAGAGCGGCAAGGUGUCCAAGUCACAGCUCAAGGUCUUGUCCCACAACCUGUGCACGGUUCUGAGCAUCCCGCACGAUCCGGUGGCCCUGGAGGAUCACUUCAGGGAGGAUGACGACGGGCCUGUUUCCACCCAGGGGUACAUGCCGUACCUCAACAAAUACAUCCUGGACAAGGUGAAGGAGGGGUCUUUUGUGAAGGAAAACGUGGAUGAGCUCUGUUGGACCCUGACCGCCAAGAAGAACUACCGCCCUGAGAAGAACGGCAGCUUCCACCUGCCAGACAAGGACCCCUUUCGCCUGUGGUGCCUCUUCAACUUCCUGUCUGAGGACAAAUAUCCCUUAAUCAUGGUUCCUGAGGAGGUAGAAUAUUUACUGAAGAAGAUCUGUACAGCCAUGAGUACGGAACUUAAUUGUGUGGAGCUGGAAGACUGCAUUUCCCAGGAUGCUGUACAGCAGAGCGGGCUUACUGUAUGGGUUUUCCUGGAAAUGAUGAGUUCUGGGAAGCUAACAAGAGGCACUGACAGGGAAUCCCUGAGCAUGGCUAUUGAGAAGGUGUACAGGGAAAUAGUUGGUGAAGUACUAAAAGAGGGCUACCUGUGGAAGAAAGGACAGAUACGCCGGAACUGGACGGAGCGCUGGUUCAAACUCAGGCCCAGCACCCUGGCCUACUACGUCAGCGAAGACUGCAAAGAGUGCAAGGGCAGCAUCGCGCUGGACCACAACUGCUGUGUGGAGCUGCUUCCAGAGAAAGAUGGGAAGAGAUGCAUGUUCUGUCUAAAAACGCUGACCAGAACAUACGAGAUGAGUGCGUCUGACACCAAGCAGCGCAAGGAGUGGACCUCAACCAUCCAGACAGCGAUUCGGCUGCAGGCGGAGGGGAAGUCCUCUCUGCACGUGGACCUGAAGCUCCGUCGUCGGGAGCAGAGGGAGCAGCGGGAGAAGAGGCGUCUGGCCAGGGAGGAGGAGCUGCAGAAGCUGCAGGCCCUGCAGGGGGAGAAGGAGGAGAAGCUGGCAGAGCUGGAGCUCCUGAGGGAGGCGCAGCGCCAGGCGGAGGCCCUGCUGGAGCAGGACGAGCAGAGGAGGAGGCAGCAGCGCGAACAGCUGCAGCAGGCUUUGGAGGUGCAGCUGCGGGAGGCUGAGGAGGCGCGGGCCAGCAUGCAGGCAGAGAUGGUGCUGAAGGAGGCGGAGGCGGAGCGGCAGCGGAAGAGGAUCCAGGAGCUGGAGGAGAUGCAGCAGCGUCUGGAGGAGGCGCUCCACCUGGAGAUCAAGGCCCGGCAGGAUGAGGAGGCCUUCCGCUACGCACAGGCCAGGCUGCUGGUGGAGGAGGAGGAGAGGAUGAAAGCCCUCAUGGCCCUGCAGGAGGAGCAGGAGGACCUCAUCCUGAAGACCCAGCGUGAGAAGCAGGAGCUCCGGCAGGAGAUGGAAAGCAAAUCUCGGGCUUUGGACGAGGCCCAGCAGCAGCUGGAGGAGGUUCGGGCCAACCGACACCGGGUGGACCAGGAUGUGGUGGCUGCCCAGAGGAAGCUUCGGCAAGCCAGCACCAAUGUGAAGCACUGGAACGUGCAGAUGAAUAGACUCAUGCACCCAAUAAGGCCUGGAGAGAGAAAGCCAUCCCUCGGGGGAUCCUUCUCCAGUGGCCAUGGGCCGUCACGGAGAGACAGCGGACUGCGCCUCCGCCAGCGAUCGGAGGACAACCACGAGGCCAAGGAGAAUGUGGGCAGCAGCGAUGGGGAGGCAGAGAGACGCCUCUCCCAGGCAAACGACAGAGACAUGGACAUCCCAUGAAGCUCGACUCCAAAUUGGGGUGUUUUGUUGGGGGGUAGGGGGAUUUGCUCUGCACAUUAUUUUAACUUUGUCCCUGGUUGAAAUGUACUAUCUCAAGAACUCCACAUACAAUAUUCAGUAAUGAGAGGAAUUGGGCUAAUGAGACUGCAGGGAUGUGUGUGUGUGAGUAUGCACAGUUACUGAAUUCACACUGCAGGGCUUGCUUCUGUGGGCAGUGUAAACUAAGCUUCAGUUAAAAUAUAAAUCCUAUUGUGGCCUCAACUUGAGUUCAAAAACAAUACCUCAUUCACACUGCACGGCUCCACAGGACUUAUCUUGUGCAUGUUACAUGCUAAGCUCACAACAUACAGUAAGCACAUGCCAUCCUCAGCACUGAUUAGUGCACGGGUGGAUGUUAUUGUAAGAUCUCACUUUUCUUCCUAGACAAAUCUUAAAAAUAUCAGAUCUUGGCAACCUUUCAAGCUGGGGAUAGACUUUGAGGAACCUGACAUUUUCAAGGAUGUAAGAUAAUAUUUUGGGGGGCUGGGUUGUUUUCAUAUUGUGUACAUUAUUAUAUAGGUAGAGAGAGGGCAAAGGAGAAGGACCAAAGCAGAGUACAUCACUUUUGGUGUUCUUGUCAUUGUAAAAUCAAUCAAAUCAAACAACCUGUUUUUCAUGACAGUUAUAAAAUCUUUAUUAAAUGAUUAAAUUAAGCAUACAUUGUCAAAAAAAAAAAAAAAUUCAAUAAAAACAUUCUAAAGUGUU